CGGCCAAGCAACACGACAUGUGUGCGGAGAGAGCCGGUAGGUUCUGGCUGAUGCUGGCAAAAACAUCUCCAACCUUGUACAUCUCGCACUCGGCGAUAAGAGCAGGCACAUGACACUCCAACCUCCAUCCCCCUCCUCCCAAAUCGAGCCAUUAUCGAGCAAGACGGCGAAAGAGGCCGCCCGAUGGCGCUCCGUCCUCGGCUGGAAAGGAGAAAGCCAUAGAGUGGCCAAGACCAUGCGAUCGCCAUCAACCAAAGAACGGGAGCGCCGUAUAGCAGGCCCGCCGCCAAAGCGACAUUAGCCGUGGCAUUUACACGGAGUGGUUUUAAUAUCCAGAUGGCCUCGCGGCGUGCGAACCGCUUCCACCGCCGUACCAAACUCUCUUCCCUCUCCCUCUCCGCCCCCGCGCGCGGUUGCCGUACGAGGCUGGUCGUCCCGCAGAGAAAACAACGCACCCAUGACGUCUUCUGGCUCGCCGCCGUGGACCAUCAACCCCACCGCACUUUGGGUCGGAACGACAUCUUUUCCGAACACCCAGGCGCUCCGCCUUGUCCCGGGUUAUUACCUCUCAUCAUAUCCUACCUCUGAGGCUGGGGCGAUGCCGGCGAAGGUGGCUCCCCAAUAUACGUCUUGCAAGCCUCGCACCCAGUUAAAUACCCCGACUGGCCCUUGGCCGACGCUGGGAUCACGGCCAGCCAAGCAUCUUGCAAUCUCACGCCGUCUAUUUCCAAGACGGGCUGGGCGCUGCUAACCCACUUGUGGGCAGACAAGCUUCGCGUCCAUCAUCCGUCCUCCCCGUCCCCUUGCCUAUCGAGGCAGGAGGCCCCUUGUGGUGUCCCGACCGAACAAGCACCGCACCCCUGCGGAAGAUCGUCCCGGUGGCUUUCCAAGGGGCGAGUAGCUUGGCCCUCUGGCGAGGCGGCGAUGACGGCAGGGGCUUCGGAGGAAACCCCUCCUUGGGGCAGAAGAAAGGGCCGAUCGACUUGUCCUGGCCCCAAGAUGCCCUCUCCACGAGGAUAUAAAAUGGCGGUGGACGGCACGCUUGAUAUUGGAAGUAUCUGGUUCUAGCCUCAUCGCACUCGCCGACUGGUUUCUCGCAGGCACAUAGGAAGAAAGGAGUAAGGCAAAAAAUAAGGCGAAAAGGACGAGAAAAAAAGAUGAAGGCUUCCACCGCACUCCUGGCGCUAGCCGCGGCCGCCAACGCGCUCCCCUCGGCCAAGGUCAGCAAGAGGGCGUGCAGCUCGCCCGUCCGGCUCGACGCCAAGACGAACGUCUUCAAGAAGUACACGCUGCACCCCAACUCGUUCUACCGGUCCGAGGUCGAGCAGGCGGUCAAGGACAUCAGCGACCCGAGUCUGGCCAGCGCCGCGGCCAAGGUCGCCGAUGUCGGGUCUUUCAUCUGGGUCGACACCAUCGCCAACAUCGACCGCCUGGCGGCCGAGCUCGAGACCGAGAUUCCGUGCGAGAACAUCCUCGGUGUCGUCGUCUACGACCUGCCCGGCCGCGACUGCGCCGCCAAGGCGUCCAACGGAGAGCUCAAGGUGGGCGAGCUCGCGCGGUACAAGACCGAGUUCAUCGACAAGAUCGUGGCGCUCCUCAAGGCCAAGCCCAACACGGCCUUUGCCCUGGUCAUCGAGCCCGACUCGCUGCCCAACCUGGUCACCAACAGCGACCUGACGACUUGCCAGCAGUCGGCGGCCGGCUACCGCGACGGCGUGGCCUACGCCAUCAAGCAGCUGAACCUGCCCAACGUCGUCAUGUACCUCGACGCCGGCCACGGCGGCUGGCUGGGCUGGAACGAUAACCUGAAGCCGGGCGCCCAGGAGCUCGCCAAGGUUUACAAGGCCGCCGGCUCGCCUUCGCAGUUCCGCGGUAUCGCUACUAACGUCGCCGGGUGGAACGCCUGGGAUCUCUCCCCCGGCGAGUUCGCCAGCGCUUCCGACGCCCAGUGGAACAAGGCCCAGAACGAGAAGCUGUACACGGAGCUGUUUGGCGCCGCCCUCAAGACGGCCGGCAUGCCCAACAACGCUAUUGUCGAUACUGGCCGCAACGGCGUGCAGGGCCUUCGCGAGGAAUGGGGCCACUGGUGCAACGUCGACGGCGCCGGCUUCGGUGUGCGCCCGACAGCCACCACUGGCUCGACGCUGGUAGACGCCUUUGUGUGGGUUAAGCCCGGCGGCGAGUCGGACGGCACGAGCGAUAGCAGCGCCGUCCGCUACGAUAGCUUCUGCGGCAUGAGCGACGCCUACCAGCCCUCGCCCGAGGCCGGCCAGUGGCACCAGGAGUACUUUGAGAUGCUCGUCCGCAACGCCAAGCCUGCCUUCUAAGGUGGUUUCGGUGAUGGGGCGACUGCUCCCCCAUUAGCCUUGAGUUGGGAGAGUACUGGAUGGACAAAAGGAGGGCUGGAUCACAAGAGAACAAGGAGGUGCGACGCAGACAAGUCGAUCGCGAAUCGAAUGUAUAUAUUCCCAUAACUCGCUGAAGCCAAUGGCAGAUAAACCACCUCGCUAAGCACCGCAUAAAAAGAUACUGAACAAAGAUAUCGUCAUGACGUCGUCCCAUAUG